AUGUCGCGGUGGUCACUGGUGACGUCGCGCGUCCUCUUACUCCGCAAACUCCAGCGGUUGGAUUGGAGGGUGCCCAAGUCCCUACUGCAGGGAGUGCCGCAGCUCUCACCAGACAUCAUUCGCCGCGACCUCCAGCCGGCGCGGCGCAGCACCCACGGCCUGAUCUUCCGCGGCCCAGGAUGCAUCUUCACCACGACACCGGCGCCUGGUACCCUCUUCAACAUCGACUGGUCCACGCUCUCGGGCGGCGGCGGCGUUGCCCCCGCCCUCGCCGCCUUCAGCAUCAACCUCUGGCAAUCCCACAGGUGCACGUCUGCCGGCCUCGUGGACCUGUACUGGGCCGUUCACGACUUCGACUUCGAUUCCAACGCCGUCGACACUCUACCACGCACCUUCGCGCACUCGGAGAUGACGCACGACAUCACGCGGACCCUGGUGGCCACCGCGGGACUUCAGUCGCGAAUUGACGAGAUCCUGCCCGGGACUGGCCUCGCAAUGUUUGUCGUUACGUGCGUGGAUAUGUACUCCACCAGCUUUGCUCAAUGUCCUGGCGAGAAACAGGCACCUAAUGCACUCUCACAGUCUCACCAUCCCGCCGCCGCCGGUCUCGAACUGCGGGCUCCGGGCCCCGAGGGGCAUCUCACAAUUGCCGAAAAGAUACCCAUCAUAUAUACUCCCGCAUUUGCGAACGUCGAGUACAUCAGUAGUUAUCGGCGCCGGCAAGUGAUUGAACACGGAUACCGACUGGUAACUACGACUUCGUCCAGAAUGAGCCUGCGAGUAACGAUCAUGAUCCACCAUGCUAAGGUCGACGGGACGGACUUUAAUCGACUGCAGUCGACUGGCAAGACCGGUAAAAAAAUCACAAGGCGACAUGAAUCACAAGAGAAAUCGCUGCGCGCGUAUUAUCGGUGGUUUAUGAGCACGGGCUGA